AACCUCGUGCAGAAGGCCCAGCAGCUCAUAGAUCCCGCUAUACUGCCUGGGCCUUUAGGCUCGAGUUCGGGGAGACCGUCCAAAGCACAACUCUUUCGCCACCAAUUCCGCCUUCCAGACAGUCAAAAUCCUCUCUACGAGAUCACGGCUGAGCUUACGCUACCCACGAAGCGCAAAGGAGGCUUGUCUAAGGGACAGGCGGGCAACUGGGACAAGAGCAAUUGGGAUCGCGAACGAGGCACUCACUACGUCGGACAACUACAUUUGAGCGAGCAGUUUCUCUGCUUUUCAACGGUGAACACAUCAUUCGUCAGCACGUCAAGCACGAGCGCUAGCAGCGCGUUUACUGGCAGGACACAUGGCACAGGCCCAGCCGGAAAUGGCUUUACGCUCCCCUUAUGUGCUGUGCGAAGGGUCGAGCGACUCCACACCCAGAGCUAUAUGUUUGCGCUCUCGAUAACGACGUGGAAUGGCUUCGACCCAGGAAGUGAAGGCAAGCCAGGCGCACCUGCCCCGCCAAAGCUUACGAUUCAGCUUGAGGGCAGCCGGCAGCAAUGCGAGCGGUUCUGUGAUGGGCUCAAGAGAGGGUUAAGACAGGGCAUCAAAGAGGUCGAUAACAUGCGCACCGUCGCGCAAGAGUGCUAUUCGGAAUACUUCUUGUAUGAUGACUUCGAAGCCGAACCGACGGCCACGAAGCCGGAUGGCACUCCAAGGUCUCCACCCGAUACAGGUCUUGGAAGUAUUUUCAAAUAUCCAGGCAACGUGCGAAAACUCCGGGAUCGUAGCAAAAUGAGGCUGUGGCACGAAUACCUGAAAGAGAACGGAAGGAACACCACACUCGUACGACAACCCGACUUUCACCGAUUGAUCAGAGUCGGCCUUCCCAACCUGCUGAGAGGCGAGAUCUGGGAGCUUGCGUCCGGGUCAUUCUAUCUGCGACUUCAAAAGCCCAAGCUCUAUCAAGAGACGCUCGCCAAGCACGACGGCGAGGGCUCUCUUGCCAUCGACGAGAUCGAGAAAGAUCUGAAUCGAAGUCUGCCUGAAUACGCUGGCUUCCAGAGCGAAGAAGGCAUCGGCCGCCUUCGCCGAGUACUUACAGCUUACAGCUGGACCAACCAAGAAGUCGGAUACUGUCAAGCCAUGAACAUCGUCGUGGCAGCAUUAUUGAUAUACCUCUCCGAAACCCAGGCUUUCUACCUUCUCUCUGUACUUUGCGACCGAUUAUUGCCUGGCUACUACUCAACGACCAUGUAUGGUACCCUGCUCGACCAGAAGGUGUUUGAAAGCCUCGUUGAAAAGACGAUGCCUAUCAUCUGGGAACAUCUCGUUAAGAACGACGUUCAGCUGUCGGUGGUCUCUUUGCCUUGGUUCUUGUCACUUUACAUCAACAGCAUGCCCCUAAUAUUCGCUUUUCGCGUGCUGGACGUGUUCUUCUUGGAGGGCCCGAAAGUGCUGUUCCAAGUUGGUCUCGCUAUUUUACGUAUCAAUGGCGAGGAAUUACUAGAUGCCACGGACGAUGGCACUUUCAUUUCCGUUCUCAAAUCAUAUUUCGCUAGAUUAGGAGAAUCGGCGCACCCUACAUCAGAGAACCCAAAACACCGUGCUAUCACCAACUUCCAGGCUCUAAUGGUCGUGGCUUUCAAAGAGUUUGAGGGUAUCACGCAACACACGAUCUCCGAGCAGCGCGCCAAGCACAAGGCUGCUGUUAUUGAGAAUAUCGAAUCUUUUGCGAAGCGCACAUCGAUUCGUAAUCUAGGUCCUGAAAGCAAGAAGCUGUCGACCAACGAUCUCGGUUUCCUGUAUGACCGCUUCUAUGCCAUCCUCUAUGAGAGGCAGCACCGAGCACAAAUGAUCCAGGCCGAGACCGAACGCCGGGCCAAGGUUGCGAGACAACGAGCGAGCGAGAUAGUUACUGGCGUGCCUGGCAACGUACCGGAAUUGGGACGGGUGGCUCUCGGGGCCAGUGCUACGCUCAUGGACUAUGACGCUUUCAGAGAGUUUCUUGCCGGCAUAUCCAAAUGGGCAGUCACGGACUCACCAACCUCGCCCUCGAGAGAAGACAAAGCCACAAAUGGAUAUUUCAGCAACACACUACGAGGCAAGGCGGUCAAUAUGUCCCCAUGGGGAAAUGGACCUGAGCCUGCGGACCAUGAUUUCAUGCAGCGUCUGUUCGGCAAGUGGGAUUCAGAUGGCAACGGCGCCCUGACACUGCAAAAUGUGGUAAUUGGUCUCGCGCCAAUCAAAGGCAACCGCGAUAUCAUGUCCAACAUCUCGUACUUCUUCGAGCUGUAUGACGAUGACGAUGAUGGAAAGGUCGAUCGAGAGGGCAUUCUGAGGAUCUCUGAAGCUUUACUUUUCCUCUCGCGAAGGGGUCUACAUGGCAGCAAUGUCUCACAGAAUGAGCAACCGGCUCAUGGCCCCGAUGGCCUGCCCAUCUCAAAGGACGAGCAGUUCCUAUCUGCUGUUUCGGCUUUCAUCCGGCGCUGCUUCGAGUACGCCGAUCCAGACCACCCAUCAAGGCAGGGAGAGACAGAUGCGAACGCUGCUGCAGAGAAAAUCAGCGACUUGAAGCUAUCGCAGAGCGAAGAUGGUGAUCUGCUUGACCUGAACGAGAAGAAAGUCGAAUCCACCGCCGAUAACCCACUUGCCAGUGACAGCGCACCGUCCGACGCCAAAGAGAAUUCGCCACUCGCAACACACAGCCGCAACUCUUUUGGACAAAUAUCAAUGAAGAACGCCGAAGCGAACGCCGCCUUGGAUCCGAGCAGUCCAGUCCAUAUCACUCUGCCUACCUUCCGAAUGCUUGUCCUCGCUGAUGAAGCGUUGGAGUCGUUCUUUGACUCUGGCUUUGCGAACUCCUUCCAUCUUGCUGAUGCGCCCCUCCCAUCAAGCACACUCACAUCGCCUAGCUUCUUAUCCAGUUCAACUAGCGCAGGCGCAUCACCUAUUCCCUCGCUGUCACCCUCGCUUGGCGGACCUGGAGCUGGCGUUGUCGCACCAGGCAAGGGUCUCAGGGGCAUGCUGGACAACAUUGUCACUGAUGGCAUGCGCGUUGCUGCGGAAGUCAGGAGACGAAUGGAUGAAGCGCAGAAAGAGCUUGAUCGUGGCGCAUCGACUCGAGGCACUGAAGAUGACGAAGAUGAUGAG